GUAAUGGCACACGCGUUUGAUGCGCUUCAUCUGACUUGAUCGUUCUAUAGUACAAUUUAGAGUCAAAUACAAGAGAAUGCAGUUGAUAAGAGUCUUAAGUAUUUUAUUGCUAUCAUGCUUGGAGAUUCGUCUGAAUGAUGCCACCCAAGUGGUCAAUGACAAUAGUACGAACAUAAUGAUAAAAUCUGAGCUCAGCGACGAUAUUGAUGAUGAUUAUACGGAUUAUGUGGAUGAGAAUGAAGUCAGCAAGCAGACACGACAACGCAACCAGAGCUCAUUCGACAGAGUUGGCACGUUUUACUCCUGGGAUCGCUGGGAGAAGUGGAGUAAAUGCUCCACCACUUGUGUGCAAAUCAAGCAGCGGAAAUGCUUAGAGCGCUUUAAAAACUCAACCAUGGAGAGCGCAGUGGAGAGGCGUUUCUACCCCGGCAGUGGCCAAACGGGCUGCUCGGGAGUAGUGAAGCGAUAUCGUCAGUGCAAGGAGGAGCGCUGUAAGCCAGGAAAGCAGCGAUUGCGUGACGAACAAUGCGAAAAAUUUAAUAACAUGCCCUAUCGUGAGACUUUCUAUAAUUGGGUCGGAUAUGAGAAAGAGCAUGACGAGUGCAUGUUGUUCUGCCGCGCCAUAAACUCUGAUUUGUUCAUCAGUAUGAAUCAAUCGGUCACCGACGGUACGCCGUGCAAUCGUCCGGCCGUAUACUAUACGCACUUCUAUAGACGACAGGCUGUCUGUGUGGAGGGAAUUUGUCGGGCAGUGCAUAGCAGCGGCCUAAUUCGUCCCGUUACAACGCGUGAUAGCCCGGUGAAGUGCGGUUCGGUAAUGUGCAAACAUGUCUCUGUCCUCUUCAACAAAACGAAUCCAACGAAGGGCUACAAUCUCAUUACUAAACUGCCAGUUGGAGCAAUGAAUCUAGCGAUCAAGCAAAAUAUACGAAGCAAUAAUUCAUUAGCUUUGAAAAGCGCCGAGGAGGUCUUUCUCAUACCGAGAGAUCGCUUAAAGAUAUUCAGCUUUAAUGAUAACGCCUACGAAUACAAUCAGCUGAACGCUUUGCUUACAUCAAGGGGUCCGCUCGCCAAGGCUGUGAUGCUGAUGCAUUUCGUGCUCGAUGCGCAGAGUGGACUGAAUGAUAUUCAAUACAAUUAUACCAUACCCAUAGCGUCCUCUACUGUCAACGAGGAGGAGGAGCUGCAGGCUAUCUGGGAUGAGUCGGGUAAGCUCGUUAAUGACACCGAUGCCAGUUAUGCGCAACGCAUGAAAGAGCGAAAGCGUCGGCGAUUUACUUGGAAGUUGUUGGGUUUCGGCGAAUGUAAUCGCAGCUGUGGCCCGGGCACCCAAACGCCCAUAUUCCGCUGUGUGCUCAUGCGGGAGUCCUUAAUCCGAUAUUAUUCGCCACGUCGCUGCGCCGACAUUGAGAAGCCGACCUUUAAUGACGACAUCUACAACUGCAAUCGCGGACUCUGUCCGGCCUUUUGGCGCCCGAGCAACUUCAGCAACUGUGAGUGUCCGACCGGGAGCUCCAUUGGUCUGCGCAGGCGAAAUUUCGAGUGUAUGCAGGAGCAGAUCAAGGGAAAUGUUGAGCUAGUCCCUGACAAACUGUGUCCUGUCCGAGACCCUCAGGUCGAAUCCUGUCGUUGCCAGAGUAAACACUAAACAGAAUAUCAAUCGCAAUCUCUGUGCCUCUGUCAUCCGACAUAGGCAAUACUUUGUGCGUCAACUAUCCCUAGCGUGAAAUUGCCUCUAAUGUAAUACGCAGAAGUCAAAGAAGCGGGUCAAUAAAGACGAUUAUCCAUUUAAAAUCUA